AUGACGGCCUUUCGUCCUGCUCACCAUCCGCCGCGCGGACGGAUUGCCUGGAUCAGCCCGAUCCUAGGUCUGCUGGUCAUUCUCUUCAUAUAUCUCACCCACCGAAACAUAUCGUCCUCAAUCGCAUUCCCGCAUAUAAAACAAAAUGCCGACACAAACUGUCCCAGCCUCCCUGGCAUGGAGGAUGUCUUCGUCGUCCUCAAAACAGGCGUCACCGAAGCCCGCGACAAAGUCCCCGUCCACCUCCAAACCACCCUCCGCUGCAUCCCACACUACAUCAUCUUCUCCGACUACAACGAAACGAUCAACAACGUGCAACUCCACGACGUCCUCGACAGCGUAACAGAGGACAUCAAACAAUCCAACCCGGACUUCAGCAUCUACAACCGCGUGCGCGCCGCCGGGCGCACAGCGCUUACCACCUCCGACAUGAACCCGGACACCAACACCGCGUUCGGCAAACCGAACAACCCGGGCUGGAAGCUGGACAAGUGGAAGUUCCUGCCGAUGAUCGAGGAGACGUUGAAGGCGCGUGACAACGCAAAAUGGUACGUCUUCAUGGAGGCCGACACGUAUUUCUUCUGGCCGAAUCUGCUGGCCUGGUUGGCGCAGUUGGAGCACCAGAGGCCGUAUUAUCUAGGGAAUCAGAUGCAGAUCGCCGAUGUGGUCUUUGCGCAUGGCGGGUCCGGGUUUGUGCUUUCCAAUCCGGCGAUGCGCGCAGCGGUUACGCUGCGGAGGUAUGAUUUGGAUGCGUGGGAUCGCGUGACAAGGGAUCAUUGGGCCGGCGAUUGUGUGUUGGGCAAGUUGAUGGCAGAUGCUGGCGUGGGCAUGCUCUGGGCCUGGCCGGUGUUGGUCUCGGGCCAGCCGAGCGAACUGGACUUUUUCUCCGAGGGGUAUCGCAAGAAGCUUGAGCAGAUUCGUGACCUCUGGGAGUUUGAGCGGAGGUGGUUUCGCGAGGGCAAUCGCAAGCCGGUCUUGUAUCGGGAUGUGUUUCGACAUAUGGUCCGGCCGAAGUUGGGAGGCACGGUCGCCGGCUGGGAUAAUCGCAUUGGCGAGACGCCGGGAGAAUCGAGUCUCAGCUUGGUGGAGUGCCGGGUGCUCUGCUAUCGCGAUGAUAAAUGUGUACAGUAUAGUUAUACGGAUGGGAAGUGUUGGACAUCCCAUGUCCCUGUGUUGGGCGCGCGGAAGGACGAGGUCGCCUCCGGCUGGAUCACGGAGAGAGUCGAUGCCCUGGUGGAAGAUAUGGGCUCCUGUCCUCAACCAAAGUGGAUUGUAAGCUAG